AUGAGUGAUUUAGAAAAUGAAAUUCUUGAACUUAUUGGAGAUCAGAAAAAAGAAUCUCGUCGUGGUAAUUAUUCCGAAGAGGAUGGUGAUGCUAAUAAUAAUAAAUCUGAAUCAUUUGGACCAGAUUUAUAUCAUGAUGAUGUUGACAGAGAAAGGUUAGAAAAUUUACCAGAGUUAGAAAGAGAACAAAUUCUUGCAUCAAGAGCUGAAAAAAGACAACAUAAUAUGGAUUUAAAUGUUAUAAAAAAUUUAUAUGAUGAAGAUGAUGUAAUUGAAGAAGAAGCUGGAUCAUCAAGAAAAAAGAAAGAUUUACAAAAAGCAGAUUUGGUGGAAUUGAAAAGAAGACGUGCAGAAAAAGGGAAAAUGAGACAAAUUGUGAAUAUCAUAGUAAAUAAAUAUGAAAAUGAUGCUCUUUCAAGUGAUGAUUCAAAUGAUAAAUCUCACAAUGAUGAUAUUAAAAUAGAAGAUUUAAGGAAAAUCCAGAUCACACGUUCUCAAGUUGCUAAAUGGAUGUUUACUCAAUAUUUUGUCAAGACUGUUAUAGGAAGUUUUGUAAGGUUAAAUAUAGGAAAUAAAGAUGGAAGACAAAUUUAUCGCAUUUGUGAAGUAAUUGGAGUCGAAGAAGUAUCAACACCAUAUUUUAUUGAGAAAUCUAUUACUAAUAAAGUUUUUCUAUUAAAACAUGCAGAAGCAGUAAAACAAUUCAAUAUUCAAAAUAUUUCAAAUAAUUAUUUUGAUCAAGGUGAAUUUGAUCGUUGGCGAAUAACAAUGAAAGUUGCCAAGUUACGAAUGCCUUCUUUUGAAGAUAUUCAAAAGAAACAGUUACAGAUAAAAGAUGCAAAUGAACAUAAUCUUACACAUCAGGAAGUUGAUGAAAUGGUUAAAAUCAAGAAAGAAUUGAGGAAUUCUACAUUUUUGUUAGAAAAAUCUGAAUCAUCAUCACCUUUACAAAAAGAAUCAUCAUUGUCAUCAAUAAAACAACAAGAAGGAAAAAAUCUCAAAUCAAUUGAUAUAUUUAAUAAGACAUUGCCAAUUUUAGAAACUGGUAGAAUUGCUAGGUAG